AUGGAGGACGUAGAAGAAGUGGCAGAGGCACUUCCGACGAUUCCCGAGGACGUUCCGACCCUGACGACCGAGGAAGCGACAACGCUACCGGUGCCUGUUGCAAACUCUGACCUUGACGAAGUCACGGACGCUCCCGAAUCCGUAGAGACGGAACAAUCACCGGAGAUUGUCGAGGAAGACAUUGACACCUCCGAACCAGCCUCGGUCACGAAUAGUACCAUGGACGACUACGAUUCUGUUGCUAGUGAGCAAUCCAACAACGUGUCCAGGGACGAGGCCGAUUCUCACGACUCGCAUGAAGAGGUGCAGGGGUUGACGGUGGCUUCUGCAGUAGGUCCCGUCUCUUCCCCGUCGCAUGUCAGUGGUCAGUUUGAUGAAAUUGAAGUCGACGAAAGCAUGCUUCUACCAACCGAUGACGAAGAGGAACUGAUUGAAGAAGAAACGGAACAAGUUGACUUCAGGGAAGAUUCCUCCGGAGGCUUUGAAGAAGUCGAGGUGCCUUCGGACAACGAAGGCGACAUACUUAUUGCGGAUGACGAACCUCUUGAAGAUGAUGAUACGCAUGCCUCCAUCGAUCAGGUCAGUGAAUCGGACGAUAGUGCUCAUAGCGGAGAGAUUUCGCCAGAAGAUGAGGUACCGAAUGGCGACACCUCGGACGAAUCGAUCUAUAGCGUGAGUGAUGCGCCCCGCGAAGAAUCUGUUCCUAGUCUCGACUCGGCGGUCAGCUUGAGUACUGAAGAUAGGAGUUCGAAUUCAGUGAGCUUCAUGUUAGCCAACAACGAAGUAUUCUCUCCCUCAGAUUCGGCUGUGGUUAACCCCAACUUGUCCAUGGAGCCGCUCACGAAAACGGCUUCCGUCGCGCACACCGAGCCGCUCGAGUUUGAGCUAGACGAAAUGGGACCAGUCACAGGCAUUCAAAUCGAGGACUCCAGCAGCCGUACGUCCGUCAAUAGUUCUUCCCACAGCGAUCCAUUCUCUCGUCAAACUGACGACAGUAACGAGGUUGCCCUUAUUCCAUUUGUAGACUCGAACGAAAGCAACGCCUCACAAUGGACACCACUUUCAGCUUCUACUCCGGUCAUGACUCCUUCAGGUAGGGUUUUUGCCCCUGCACCGCCAACCAUACGGAAUUCCACCAUGGGCUUGUACGAGGAUGAACCGACGGACGAAAUGGGUGGCAUGGAUCGUCACAAUGAAAACCCGACCGUGGUACCAAAACACGAGGACUUAAAUCGCAACAGCGGAGACACGGCGAAGAUUGGUAAAGUAACCGCUGCGGGGACAGUGGCAACAGCUCUGGCAGCAUCGGAGCGAUCGCCACUGGAUGCCAGCAUGCCGAUGGAAGACGCCAUGUCAACGCACCCAAUAGAAACAAGCGGCUCGUACCACGAAGCGGGUCUUGAGGACAAAUCAUCUUCGCACAAUCUGGGGGAAGAGUUUCACGACGAAUCAGCUUCCGGGGAUGAUAGCGUGUUCUCUGGUGCCGAAGAAGGUAGUGAUGGCGAUAUGGAAGGCGUUGCUAUUGAGGAGACGGACGACGAAGAGCCCGAUGGCGUCAGAGAAGAGUCCUUAGAAGAACUGGAUCGCGAAGAAUUCGAGUUCGAUAGCGACGAUGGUGAUGACGCUCGUGUCAAGGGGCAGUCUUCACUAGUACUGACAGCAUACGCUGGUCCAGAAAGCGAUGAAGAUUCCGUAAGCCUGGUACGCACGAGUGAUGACGGAGAGGAUAUCGAAAUUGGUCUGGAAGGGGCCUCGGAGAAGGAUUCCGCUUCCUACCGAGAUGAAUACGGAAAAAGCAUGGACGAGGAGGACAGCCAUUAUCGCGGGUGCUGUGCGGUUUUCUUGUCAAAUCCCUGUACGCAACUUUUGUGCUGCGUCAUAUCCGUCUUGAUCAUUCUAGGGGUCAUAUUGGUGGUGGUGCUAGCGGGGGGCGAUAGUCCGACGGAUGGUGGUAGACCAUUCCCUACAGGUGCCCCUAAUGGAGGGAGUGUAACGUCGGCCCCCACACCAGAUGGUUUUACACGAAUGCCGACCACUUUGCCUACAAACUCUCCAACUCCCUUCAAUAUCGAAAGUGUUUUACUGGCGAAGCUCAGCGGCAUUGCCGGAUCGAGCUUUGGGUUUUCCGCCGCGAUGACGCGAUCGUCUCGCUCUUUCAUGGCAAUUGGUGCCCCGGAGGGCGGUGCCGGUUCGGUGUCAAUGUAUAGUAACUCGACUGGUCAAUGGCAAUCUUUUCAAGUUCUAUCAUCUCCACAACAAGAAGGAAGAUUCGGAGCUGCAGUCUCGUUAACCGACGACACGUCCUCUACUGGUUUGAUGGUCGGCGCACCAAAUGUCCUCGCUACAGGCACAAACAUACCUGUAGGAGCAGCCUACUAUUACGAGUACAACCGUGCCGAUGCCAGAUGGGCACAGCUUGGAUCAGUGAUACAAGGAGGUGCGUUAGCGGAAAAUGCCCAGGAGCACUUUGGUGCUGCAGUUGCAACCAGUGAUGUUUACAGGGUUGCCAUUGGUGCUCCAAUGAACAACGCCGCCGCUGCUCGUGCAGGACGUGUCUACACCUACGAAUAUAGACAAGAUGGAGCCAUCUUUGACUGGGUCCCCAUGUCUGAUUCGUCAGUGACAGGCACAACAACAGAUGAACGAUUCGGUUCCUCGCUUGACAUGUCCACUGAUGGAAACGUCAUGGUAGUCGGUUCGCCCUUUCGAAGCCUUUUUUAUAUUUACCAGUGGAACGGUAGCACAUGGUCCUUCAUAUUCUCGGGGUCGACCCCUGGUGGAAAUCUAGAUGAGGAGUUUGGAUCUUCGGUAGCUGUCCUGUCCAAUGACUUUAUCGCUGCUGGUGGUCCAGGUGCUAGUAACGAGGCCGGGGUCGUUCGAGUCUAUGAGCUCCAAAAUAACGGUUUGUUCCGACAGUUUGGACCAGAUAUCGUUGGCAGAAAUGGCGAACGUAUUGGGGAGCUCAACAGUUUAACGGGAGCAAUCACUGAACGCGGCCCGGCUGUCUCGGUGGGUACUGUUGACGGUCUUAUUAGAAGAUUUGACUACAAUGCCAAUCUCGGUGAAUGGCAAGAACGCUUUGAAGCUGUCAGCACUGGAUUUUCUGGACCAGUGUCUUCACUAUCCAUGGUCACCAAUGGACUAGCAAGUUCGAUUGUUGCAGGGCACGCUGCAGGAAAUGAAGCUGCCGUCUAUGAAGCCUUCUUUGGACUCACGGCCAACCCAGCUGGAGUCCCAGACGUUACAUUGCCGCCGGUAGCCUCUGAUUCUCCUUCACCGACUGCUGUUCCGACCCCUCCGCCCGGGCCCGAGACAAUGACACCUUCGCCUACUGCUGUCCCGAUUCCUCAGCCCAGUGCCGAGAGCUUGGUACCGAGUCCUGGUGUUUCAUCCUCUGCACCUUCUCUUUUGCUGACGCUUUCAUCAGCUCCGUCGCCUGCUACCGUCAAUAUGACUGUUUUACCGACUUUGGCCCCUUUAUCUGGGACCCCUUCGUCGGCUCCCAGUGUAGCUUUGUUGGCCAUUUCGCUUGUUCGCCUUCUCCCAGGUGGAAGUCCGAACACCGACACUGGCUCUUCCGUAGCUUUGACAGAUUCUUCCUUGGCCUUCGGUGCACCGUUGUUCCAGAAUGGGGGAGGCAUUGUUCAGCCUUACCGAGGAUCUGGAGGGGGCUAUACUGCGCUGGAUCCUAUCUUUGCCGUGAAUGGUGGGCGUUUUGGAGAAGCUGUCGAUGCUACGGACGGUGGUGGUCGUAAUGCACUUUUGGUCGGAGCCCCCACAGCUUUUGACGAGCAAGGCUUGAAUGUUCGCUUCGGCGCUGCCUACUACUAUGAGCUUGUCGGUGAUGUGUACUCUAUGAUUGGAUCGACAAUAGAACCACCGCUGACGCCUCAAGCUUCUGGCGGUCGAUUUGGUACGUCUGUGGCCGUCGCCAGGAAUAUUAGACGAGUUGCAAUUGGUGCUCCCUUCACGAGUACGUCGGCCACUGUCCAGCGUACCGGUCGUGUUUACACAUACGACUAUGACGGCACCAACUGGACAGCUUUGGAAACGACUCCCGUAGAAGGCUUCGUGACGGACGAUUUCUUGGGUUUCGAUGUGGAUCUUUCCGAUGACGGUUCUCGUCUUCUUGUAGGAGCACCAGGGAGCACUAGUGGUGUGGUGUUGUACUAUCAGCUUUCUGGACUUUUCUGGCAACCUAUUUUUUCGCUACCUGGCUUUGAAUCAGACGAGCUCUUUGGGACCACGGUCAAGAUUCUGACUGCCGAUGGCAAUACCAUAGCCAUGGGAGGACCAGGCUUUGGAGCCAGCAACAAUGGCGUGAUUCGGGUUUACAGACGAAGUAGCGAUGGAACUUUCGUCCAGCAAGGCCAAGAUAUUGUUGGCGCCGCCAACGAGCGAUUGGGAAACCGCAACACGCUCACUGGUUCGAAUGGCAAGUUGCUUGUCGGGACGGCCAGUGGUACAGUCAAGCGACUAGACUAUAUGGUUUCCACGGAUGAGUGGACUCAAGUUUCGGAGCAGGAGAACGUCAGCAGAAUUUCGGCCCUCGAUACUACUGGAUCGGUAGACACCUUCUUGUUGGGCGACUUCUUAAUUGAAGCUUGCCCGGAAUAG